UGUACCAAGCCCGAGAUCCAUUGUCUCUCUCUCACUCUCUCUUUCAUCGAAUCACCCACCCACGCCACGCUUCUUGAUUUCUUCUUCUGCAUCAAAUUCAACUGAGCUUAGAGUUCCUUCAAUACUAAUCAAUAUGGCCUUUGAUAUAGAUGAGAUCAAGAAGAUUGGUAUAGGCCUCAUUGGUUUCGGCAUCUUUUUCACAUUUCUUGGCAUACUUCUUUUCUUCGACCGCGGUUUGCUUGCUCUGGGAAAUAUUUUUUGGUUGGCAGGGGUAGCAAUUUUGCUUGGUUGGCGUUCCAUGUGGGGAAUCUUCACGAAUAGAGCAAACUAUAAGGGUUCUGCAUCAUUUCUUCUAGGACUCUUUUUCAUUUUUGUGAGGUGGCCAAUAGUUGGUAUAAUACUUGAAAUAUACGGUUGUGUUUUUCUCUUCAGUGAUUUUUGGUCAUCUAUCAAAGUGUUCCUCUACCAUAUUCCUGUUGUUGGAUGGAUUAUACGGUUUAUUGCUCCUUCUUGAUCACCGCCAGAAGGGGAUAUGACUGUUACAUUUUCGUAUAUGGGCUGAUUAAGGGUUUCAAUUGCCUUAGUGUUUGUAAUAUUUCCAAUGAGUCAUGCUUCAUUAUGAUGCUAAGCGCUUUUCUAAUUGUUUGCCAUCAGGCAAAUAGGCAUCUUUUAGUGUUGUAAAGUAUUGUGAAAUUGUAAUUUAUGUGUGAAGGUGAUUUUACUCUUUCAGUUGUCUAUCAGUAUCAAAGGGUUAUUCCUGAUGAAUGGAAAACAGACCACUUUCAUGGAAGCAGGUGGAUGUACACUAUAAUUGGUUAUCCAAUAUUCUUUUCUUUUUUGUGAAA